AUGAUUGUGAGGGAAUACCACCCAUUUUCGGUUGUGGAGGAUGCAGAGUUCAAAAAAUUGGUAUUCAUGCUGAAUCCAUCGUACAAACUUCCAACGCGGAAAACAAUAUCCUCAACAUUAGUUCCAGCAACUUACAGUGAAACCGUCGAAAUAGUAAAACAGCGUUUGGGUAGAGCAUAUGCAGUGUGUUUGACGGUAGAUGGGUGGACAUCUCGUGCGCAAGAUAGCUUUAUUAGCGUUACUGCACACUAUAUAGUUGAAGGUAACAAGUGCACUUUUCUGGCUUCCGAUUUGUUAAGCUGCGUUUCGUAUACAGAGCGGCAUACUAGUGACAACAUAACAAAGAAACUGACGGAGAUUUUGCAAGAAUGGGAUUUAGGCCAUAAAAUCACAGUAAUUGCUACAGAUAACGCGGCAAAUAUGAAGGCGUCGCUUAAUGCCACGGCAAAAAGAAUGGAACUCCCCGUUUGCAAAUUAAUCAACGACGUUCAAACCCGUUGGAAUUCAACCUACGAGAUGCUGAAGCGUAUUUUGCUAAUCAAAGAUGCCGUGAUCUCUACUGUAGCUGUUGUUAAGUCGUCUGCAUUGGUGAGAGAUGAAGGACUGUGUAGUAUAGAUUUAUUAAGUAAUGAAGAAUGGUUAGUUGCGCAACAAACCAUGGAUGUUAUGGAGAUGUUCGAAAUUGUGACUACUACAAUUAGCGGAGAAAAAGACUUGGAACAAAAUGAGCUCAUAGCUCAAGCGACGAUCCUUGACCCGCGUUUUAAAAAAUUUGGAUUUAUAAGCGAGCUUAGUUAUAAUACAGUUGUGAAAAGACUAUAUUCUAAAGUAGGAAAUACCACUAUCCAAAACAAAGAAAAUGAAGGAGAUUUAAGUGCAGGCAUUGAAGACCGUGCUCAGAAUAGCUCGUCGGAAAGUCACCGGGAAGGUUUACUGUGGAAGGAUUUCGAUGCUGAGGUUCACAUGUAUACGCGUCCACAAGACCAAUUAGCUUCUGCUAUAGUAGAACUUGACAAAUAUUUGGCUGAGCCUAUUUUGCCAAGGAAAAACGCACAGGGAAAGAAUAACGACCCUUUGUUCUUGUGGAGCCAACGGAAGCAUAUUUAUCCAAGGCUAUAUCGCAUAAUGAACNGCUUCUGCUAUAGUAGAACUUGA